CACAGCUCCAUAAACACAUUCAGAUUUCCAGAUGGAAACAAAGGUGCUGAGCAAUGUGGAGAUCAAAUCAUCUCUCCCCAAAAAAUACAGGUUCAUCAGAUACCUGGACGAGGGAGGAUUUGGCCAAGUGGUCCAGUGUCAGAGCAAGUACACUUUCCAGAAAGUGGCUGUCAAACUGCCGUUAUUUCAGCAGGACACCCAGGACGAGAUUUCUAUCCUGACUCGACUGAUGGAGGAAGGAUGUGACCAGAAAAACAUCAUCAAAUUCUUGGAGGUGUUUGACACUCGUUUGGGGAAAGCAAUCAUCUUUGAAGCGCUGGACAUGUCUCUGUACGAUUACCUCAAAACAUACGCCCCACUGCCCCUCUCCACUGUCCGCACCAUCAUCAAACAGGUGGCCACAGCCUUGGAGGAGCUGAAAAAGAUGUCCAUAAUCCACACGGACGUGAAACUGGACAAUGUGAUGGUGGUGAAUCGCAGGAAGAGGCCCCUGGAGGUGAAACUCAUCGACUUUGGUUUGGCCUUACCUGCAGAGGAGGCUGAAGUGUGCUCGGAGUUCCAAGUCGAGUGCUACAGACCCCCUGAAAUCAUUCUGGGUUUGCCUUGGAACGAGGCCGUGGACGUGUGGUGCCUGGGGACCCUGUUUGUCGAGCUGUUGUUAAAAAUGAGAUUAUUCCCCAACAACACUGAAUAUGACACGUUGAGAAUUAUGAUCAAAGUCUUCGGUGCACCUCCUGAUCAUGUGCUCAGUCAGGGGCUCAUGACUCGGAAAUUCUUCCACCGGGUCGGCGACAGAUGGGUCCUCAAAACUUGCAAAGAGAUGGAGAAUUUUUACAAACACAAGUGUAAGACCCACUUCUCAGAGCGCUUCAGCUCCCUCCACCAUCUGGUCCAGGAAAAUUAUCCUCCCAGAUCUCACCGGAAUGUCGCCCAGGACAUCAAGAGAGCCACAGACCUGCUCGCUCAGAUGUUGAAGAUGGAAGUGUCUGCUCGGAUAACUCCCUCACAAAUCCUCCAACAUCCAUUCAUAAGCCCUAAAAGUCGCGUGAGAAAAGAAGAGCCACAGGAGCAGCCUGACCUGGUCCCACAGACGCCUGUGAGGAAACCUGUGGUCACCGUAGUCAAACUGGCCUCUCCAGAAAACACCAGUCCCUUUAAAGAGGAGGAACAACAGACAGACGGUCACACAGAAGACCCAGUGUCACAGGAGCAGCCUGAGCAGGUCCAGCAGACGCCUGUGAGGGAACCUGUGGUCACCGUAGUCAAACUGGCCUCUCCAGAAAACACCAGUCCCUUUAAAGAGGAGGAACAACAGACAGACGGUCACACAGAAGACCCAGUGUCACAGGAGCAGCCUGAGCAGGUCCAGCAGACGCCUGUGAGGAAACCUGUGGUCACCGUAGUCAAACUGGCCUCUCCAGAAAACACCAGUCCCUUUAAAGAGGAGGAACAACAGACAGACGGUCACACAGAAGACCCAGUGUCACAGGAGCAGCCUGAGCAGGUCCAGCAGACGCCUGUGAGGAAACCUGUGGUCACCGUAGUCAAACUGGCCUCUCCAGAAAACACCAGUCCUUUUGAACUGGACGACUGCAAACCUUUAGAGAGAGAGCAGGCGAGAGUACUUCCUGUUCCAAAACGGAAGGUCAGACCACAUCUAUUUCGUAAGACGAAGGUCCAUCCUCUCCCACCUCCUCCUGCUCCGAGUCCUGAGGCCACAGUGCUGCCCCCUCCAGGUGACACUGCGCCCAAGAAGAAGAGAACCGUCCUCCGAAGGGGUCUGUCGUGGCUGAAGCGCUUCUGCUGCUGCUCCGUGGACACUAAGUUGAGUUGCAAACCUUGA